AUGGCUUCCUGCAACAUUUUCUUCCUCUUUAUUCUUGUUAGCUUCCUCAGUUUUGCAACUUGUCAGGCACAGUACGACCCUGUCUAUCUAAACCAUAACUGUUCCGAGAACAACUUUUCCAAUGGCAGUAGCACCUUCCUAAACAAUCUCAAGACCCUCCUCUCCUCCUUAUCAGAUAACGCUCCCGGCAAAAAUGGCUUCUACAACAACACAUUUCAUGAGAAAAAUAGAAGAGGAAGUUGUUGGUGCACGAGAUGUGUGAGGGGACGGAGGAUGGUGGGUUUAAUUUCGGAACCUGCUCCGGCGAAGAAGUGGCACGACGCUGUGGAGUCGGCUGAGCAUGGGUCCAUGGGAGAGGAUUGUCGCGAGCCAUCUGAUCCGUAUACAACUGAAAUUGGAGACUGGCCCCUUCCCAUAAGUCUCGACUCGAUUUGCUACGCUGUGCCGUGUGUGGCGCCCAAAUAUGCCUGGUGGCGCAGAACCACUUGGUGCAUUAACAUUGCUGACGUGGACACUUCUCAAUUGUGA